ACGGCGGCCCACAGGGGUCCUCGCCCUCCCUUCGUAUAGGUGUCUUCAUAAAAUGCCUGCUAAAAAUCCCCCCUUUUUUCGCCCCGCUCCCAAGAUGGCGUCGAUGCGGGAGAGCGACACUGGCCUGUGGCUGCACAACAAGCUGGGCUCCACGGACGAGCUGUGGGCGCCGCCGAGCAUCGCCUCGCUGCUCACGGCCUCGGUGAUCGACCACAUCCGCCUCUGCCUCCACCCAAAAAUGAUGACCCUGGACAUAUGGCUUAAAGACCUUGCCGUAAUACAGUUAAACACAAUCAUUUAUAUGGGUUUCCCGCAAGAAAUGAAAGGUGCACUGACUGAAAUUAUCCAGCUCGCUACCUUGGAUUCAGACCCCUGGGUCUUAAUGGUAGCUGAUAUUUUAAAAUCCUUUCCAGAUACUGGCUCCCUUAACCUUGAUCUUGAAGAACAGAAUCCCAAUGUUCAAGAUAUUUUAGGAGAACUUAGGGAAAAAGUAAGUGAAUGUGAAACAUCAGCUAUGUUGCCGUUGGAGUGCCAGUAUUUAAACAAAAAUGCCUUGACAACACUAGCUGGGCCACUUACUCCCCCAGUGAAACACUUCCAGCUGAAAAGAAAACCCAAAAGUGCCACUCUACGAGCAGAACUCUUGCAGAAAUCAACAGAAACUGCACAGCAGCUCAAGAAGACUGCAGGAGUGCCUUUCCAUGCCAAAGGGAGGGGGCUGGUCAAAAAAAUAGAUACAACAACCCCGCUCAAAGGAAUACCAAAACAAGCUCCAUUCAGGAGUCCCACAACACCUAGUGUAUUUAGCCCUGCUGGAAACAGAACCCCUAUUCCUCCUUCAAGAACGCCUCUGCGCAAAGAAAGAGGAGUGAAACUACUAGAUAUCUCAGAGUUGGAUAUGGUUGGCGCUGGUCGUGAAGCAAAGAGAAGAAGAAAGACUCUAGAUACAGAAGUGGUGGAAAAACAAGCCAAAGAGGAAACAGUAGUAGAAAACGCAACCCCAGAUUAUGCUGCUGGCCUUGUAUCUACCCAGAAACUUGGCCCUCUGAACAAUGAGUCUGCACUACCUUCUACAAGCUAUUUGCCUGCAACCCCUAGCGUGGUUCCAUCUUCCUCUUAUAUCCCAAGCUCUGAAGUGCAGCCAGCUGGAUCUGUGCGAGAGGCCUUGCAGACGAAUAGGCAACCCGACGAACCUACAGCUCCAAAUACUACUCCUCUUCCUGCUCAGUUUAAACAGCGAACACCCAUGUAUAACAGUAACUCCAAUCCAGCUGCAGCUACACCUACCUCACCUCUGACACCUACGACGCCUCCUGCCAUUUCCCCUGUAGCACAACCUCCACAAGUAGUCCCCCAAACUCCGCAGCAGCCACCACCCAAGAAAAGCCUUUCUCUGACAAGGGAGCAAAUGUAUGCUGCACAGGAAAUGUUCAAGACUGCAAACAAAGUUACCAGGCCAGAAAAGGCUCUUAUUCUUGGGUUCAUGGCAGGAUCCAGAGAGAAUCCUUGCCAAGAGCAAGGCGACAUCAUUCAGAUUAAACUUAGUGAGCAUACAGAAGUUUUACCAAAGGCCGAUGGCACUGGGAGCACCACCAUGUUAGUUGACACAGUCUUUGAAAUGAACUAUGCCACGGGCCAGUGGACCAGACUCAAGAAGUACAAACCUAUAACAAAUGUUUCCUAAGAGUCAGUAACAACAAACUGCGGACCAAACCAAUACUAGACUCAGCCAGCUCCUGUAGAGUGUGUCAGUUGUACAAAAUGGCAUUCAUGUGUAGGUUUUUCUUAUUCCUUUCUACAACACAAGUUGUGGCUUUCCAAACUAACUGGGCUCAAUGAAUGCAGUAUGAAGAUGCUGUCAAACUGAUGGAUGAUUUUUUUCUCUUUUUUUUUUUUUUUUGGCGGAGAGGGGAAAGUUAAUAUUUUUGUGAUUCAGGCUGCCAGAAAUUGAGAUCACAGCUGAAAAUUUGCUUUUCACUUUGGGAGCAUUUCCGUUCUGGACACUGAAGAAAGGAGAAUUACAGGAUCACAAUUUCCCACUAAGAAAGGGCACAGAUUUUAUUGCAGAAAUUUUACUUUGACUUUGUGGGUUUUAUUUACAUAUGUAUGCUUGUAGCAUUACAGGUAUGUACAGUUAUUCCAGCAAUUUAACUGCAGUAAAUCUAACUACUGCAAGCGAUAGAUGUCUAAUGGCACUCACUGUGUGUUUAGCUUGUCUUUUCCAGGGUUAGAGGGUGGGUUUGAGAAGCUUUGUUAUCUUUACUGUAUUUCAAAUGUUAAUGCCCUGCACAAAUUAAUCUGUAUUUGGCAUAAAUCAGUUGAGAUAGAGGGGAACUGAAUAUCUUACCCUUUUCUAUAUCAAAAUUUAGAAUUUCCUUAAGUAUCAAGUUUAAGAUUGCCAAAAAAAACAUGUCCUACCCUGAUUAUAGGCUGCUAGAGAUCAUAGCACUUUGCUACCAUAUGAGGCACAGGAUGGAGAUUAAUGUCUGGCUGUUGUGUAGCAAGCCUGCUGGGCAACACACCUUUCUCUUGGAGGGAAUGAAGCUUGUAUUUGUACUUGCACACCUCUCAAGCACAGUUGAGUGUUACUGCAGUCUUAAGAGUGGCCCUUCUAGCCACAAACAACUUACUGUCACAUCUGUGAGUGUGGAAGGUUAGCAAGACUGCCAUUAUGGCAAAUUUUUUCUUCCUCUCCUCCCCCACUUUUUUUUUCUUGCUUCAAUACAAGUUUGACUAAGCAGUUGCUGGGUACUUGAUUACUAAGGCCUGGGCUACACACAGUAUUUGUACUGGUAUAGCUGUUGAGUGUGACUUUCUUUAAAACUGACAGUUACAGCAGUACAACCCAUAGUGUGAAUGCAGUUAUGCUAGCAUAAAUGGGUCUUAUGCUUGUAUAGCUUAUUCCUUUUCCCACACAGGAAUAGCUAUACCAUAUAUGCACACACCACUAUGACUGUACCACUUUAACUGAACUGGUACAGUUAAAGUGAUGCAUCUUAUAUGUAGACCAGCCUUAAGUAGUGACUUCAGAAUUUGGCCCUUAAUGGAGACUUGUAUUAAAAUAUCCAGUUUCUUUCAGCCAGUUUCAUAUGUGGAGUUGUGCUUGCCUGGGAAGGUUAUGCUGAGGAGGGAGAAGUACAAAGAUAUAAGUCUCACAGCAUUGGGAGAGCCUAAGCCUGAUGACCCAGGAUUGGCCUUAAAAAGAAACAUUAAUUUAUUACUCUAGGCCAGCAUAAGACUUUCUAAGAUCAAAGCAAAUAUUUUGUAAGUGAUUCAUCUAUGUGCCAACAUGACCUAUAGAUAAAGUCAUUCAGUUUAUUUUAAUAUUGGGCAUAUUUGUUUUCAUAUUAUCCAGCUAUGUGACUAUCACAACAGGCAGUGUAUUGAUGAGGAAAUAUUUAUAACAUUUUCUUAUAAUCUGAUCAAAAUUAUGUAUAUUUGCUCCAACAAAAUUAAGAUCCAGAAUAUCCUAAAUUAACUAUUCUGACACUUAAUGGUUGAGUUAUACUGUUGGUACCUUCAUGGGAGUUCCAUGAUCAUUAAGGAGUGUGAGUGUGAGAGAGAGAAUAACUCAGCAUAACUGUCACUCUGGAAAAUGCCCUUUACUUAAUUACUCCAUUGCUACAGAGAGAUGGACUAUUUUCCAUGUGAUACAAAGCAGACAAACAAGAAAUAGGGGCAAAAUAAGAGGGGUUUUAGUUUUUAGAAUGAAUUCCUAUAGGUGCAUUCAUAAUGGAUAAUGGCUUCUUUAAUACAGUACAAGUGAAGGGCUAAAGUCAGAGUAUGAAAAGUAUGUGUCUUUUUAAAAGUGUGUAAGGAAUAAAUUGCAUUCCUUUUCAAUCUCAUUUGUUUUCAGGUUUUAAAAAUCCAUGUGAUACCUAGUUUUCUAUAACCUACGCCAGUUUGACACUGUUAUAACUGCUACUACUUUAAUACAUUUUGUCCUCUAGUAAUACAGGGGUUUGUUUUGUUUAAUAAGAAACAGUUUGUAGGAUACUGGAUGCCUUAGGGGGAGUGGACUUGCAUCCAAAGUUACUAGUUCAAAACUCAGCUCCGUUUUGUAGUAAUCGGAAGCUGUCAUCUGAUGGCUCUUCAGUUUACAUGAGGAGUUGGGGUACUCAGUGCAGUGGACAAAUGUCCAUACCCCAAAAUUCAGCUAUCAGCAGCAGGCAGGAGGACUGAAUGGGCAAGAUGCCCCCACUCUGAGUAGUCCCUCCAGAACUCAGUUGAAGCACCAGAAUGAAACAGGAUGGAGGAAGCUUAUACUUCUCCUACCUGCUCUAUACUUCCUGUGUGGAUGGACAAGACUUCAAUCUCCAGGCCUACUCUACUAACACUGGUCAUCUGCACUAAGACAAGUUCAUUUUUAAAUAAACAAAAUAUUUUAAAUUAAUUACUACUAGAACUGAGACAAUUUAACAUUGCUAAAAUAAUUAGCAGUCUUAUUUUUAAAUACAAAAGCUGCUUUCUCUUGGCUGGAUGUAACCGUAAGGGUUGUAACUUUAUUUCAACUAGCUCUAUGUGUCUAGUGUCCUUUUUAAAAACAAAAAAGGAAAGGAAAGUAGCCAUUGAAAUGUUUUCAGAAUAAUUUCACUUCUGCGAAACUAACCUGAAUGUAGAGCCCACUGUAAUUAAUAGGCUCAAUUGAAAUUGCUAAUUUCUCCCAAUGAACCACAUUAAGUGUAGACCACUUAAAAUAAAAAAGAAACGUGGUACUUUGUAGGAUUUGAGAUGCUCUCACACUCAAAGCAAGAUUGGAUUAGAGAAAAGACUGAAAAAAACCGUGGAAAGGCUGAACCAGUGCUUUGAUAAGAGUGUGCCAGGCGGUUCAGGAAACAGCGAAGCAACCCUUGAAUUGCUGUACGCUAUUUAAUCUUUACUUUACAAAGCAAGUCUGACUCCUUGAAUUUGAUAUUUUAGGUCUUAACUUUUCAUUCAUUUAGUUGCUAGGUAGAUUUUAUACUUGAGGUACAGAGUUACAUUGCAAAGGUAAACAAAAACCAAGUGUGUGGAAGCCCCCACUGUCUAGGCAUGGGAGGUGCACACAGUGCUCAGAGCAAACUUGUUUACAAUCCUAUCUCAUUUCCCUUUACAGUAGCCCAACAUUCUAGACCCUAGUCUGAGAGCCAGAACUUCACAUGUGCAUUAGCUUCUGCAAACAAAACUGCUCCAGAGAAUUUUACACUUGAGGGUUAGUGAGGGGCCACUCAAAAUUAGCUUAGCUUAUUUAGCAUGCUAAGGUGAAGUACAGGAGAGAAACCAUUAACAUGACUCCUUUCUCUUCCUCUGCCUUUCAUCUCUCCUUAGGUGAGGAAGUGCUCUAAUUCCCCAUUCAACCCUCCCCUGCUCCUCAACUGCCCAGUUCUUAUGAUGACUGACCCUGUAGUACUGGAUCAGUGGCUUAAGGAUCCUCAAGUUUUUAUUUGUAGUUUUGCUAUUAGCCUUUCAGUCAAAUAAAAUAAUGCUGGAUGUGAUGGGGAAAAAUCUUCUGAGUAAUUAAUAAAAUAGGCCCAUGUGACAUUGCUAAUUUCCCCCCUCUGAAUGACGUCAAAGUGCAGAUCGCUUAAAAAAGAAACAUUAUAUUUUGACAUAGUAGAGCUUGAGGUUGGCUCAUACUCUCAAAGCAAGAUCUGACUAGAAAGAUGGAAAAUGUUAAGCCAGAGCCCAUCGGGAAUCUGGUGCCUUUAACAAGAAAUGUCAUUUUGUAAAAUGUUACAGCUAUAGUAUAGGCUAUUAUGUUUUCUAUUAAUUGUUUUUUGUACAGUUGUAAAUUCAAGAUCUUCUGUCUCUGGGUACGUAUUUUCAGUGUACUACAGUAUGUAUAAUAAAAGUUUAAA